AUGCUUCAUGAAAUCCUCUUGUCCUUAUCCGGCCUCCAGUCGCCCGUCUGGACGCAGGCGAGCUCCGCAGCGGGAGCAGGCGACGAAAAGACAUUCAAUCAAUAUGUUUCACCCCCGGAACGGGCGAUGCUAGCGACCCUGGCUCAUCUGCACGAUUUACAUGUUCAGAUCAAGGAAGCGACAUCGAGGCUAUCCACAGCUCACCGGUCCAUGGUCUGUCGAGCAGUCAGUUCUUCAAUUGCAGACGUGCACUUGGGUAAAUAUGUGGAUAAGAUUAUAGAGGUGGAGUCGUGCAUACUACAAAAGGACGCUGCCUAUGUUGGGGCUUAUGAAGUUGUGCCGUUGAGUACUCUUGUGGCUGAGUUUGCGCCAUGGACGAGACGAUUGGAGUGGCUAUGGUCGGUAGUCCUGCAACUGGAUCCCCAAUCGAAGCAGAAUAUGAAGAACCGUUCGCCAUCCGGAGCCAGCAUUCUGGAUUGGCUGGGAAAUGAGACACAUACCGGAUACUCUGACAUUGAGGACAUGGCCAUUGCGCUCUUGACUGUUGCUCAGAAAGCAUGGAUGCGAGCUGCGUCGCUGUGGGUGCUUUACGGGAGACUGCCAACCUCUGGGGCAGAGGAUUUCUGCAUCAGGCCAAACCCAAACCCGUCAUCGGUGAUGGACUCAUACAUGAUCGACCAUUCAUUGACGCCAAAGAUCUUGAAUCCGGGGACAAGCAGUGCUUUGCUCUCAGCUGGCUGUGCUCUCAGCCAGUUAUAUUCACAAACAGCGUCAUUUGGACCAUUACUGAGCGUGUCAAGUGACGCAUCCUUGUCUUUGCUACCAACCCAUUUGGCGUUGCUCGAGUCCUUACACUACCCGUUGAAUCCAUCAUUGCUGGAGAGCACAAUCUCUUCCAUCAAUCAGUCUAUAUCUGAGAAUGCUCUGUCUCAAAUCCUGCCUCGACCACUAGUCAUGCAGCUUCUGCAAGUUGUUUUGCGCUACAUGCUCCUCAAUCAAGGUGAAUUUGCGGUGUCGUUGAUCAAGCACGCAGACGAGCGGGUAGCUAGUCACCGACAACCACACAGCACUGUUCGGCCAGUCAGGAAGAUUGGAAGACUCGACGAACUUGCAAUCAAGGAGGCUGAACUGAAGGGCAUCCUGAACAAGACCAUGGCAGAAUUAUCAGCUUUACAGGCCGACGACGAUAUUGAAGACGACACCCUCAACCUAGCAAAGAAAUUGUUGUCUCUUCAGGCGGUCGACGAGAACAACGAGCUUGGUCGAGGUCUGGUGUCAACACUGUUGCCUACCCCCACCUUCCUGCACUUGACAAUCCCCACGUCCUCGGCAUUGCAUAUUUUCCUGUCUUCGAGCGAUGUGCAAAGGUAUGCAUCCAUCAAUGCGUAUCUGAUCUCUAUCCAUAGAGCAGGGCUGCACCUGUCCUCACUCUGGAAGCUGUCAUCACAUCGCAGGUGUUAUCCCUCUCCAAUCGGACCUCCUAGAAGCGCUUCACAAUCUGGACGAGAAAGACUGGCAGCUCGACGGGCACGAGACGCUCGGAGAUCGACGAGAACCAGGGCACAUUGGACGACUGCCAGCAGAGCUCUGUUUAUGAUCAAUGAGCUCGAGGCAUUUCUGCAGGGCGAGGUGAUCCAGAGUAGCUGGACACACUUCUCGAAAUGGCUGGACGGCAAUGAUGGACUGUAUCCCUCAUCAGCAAAGUCGUCCAGGCCUGGCACAGCCUCCUCAACUGCCCAGACAGGGGCAGCAGAAUUGUCCAACCGUGAGGCGACCACAAUACCAACAGAUCCUCGGGCUAUGGCGGAAGCCCAUCGCCGAUAUCUGCACGCCCUACGCACGGCCUUAUUCCUUACGAAUGAUGCAUUUGUCGCCACAUUGAAAGAACUAUUAAAUCAGACCGACCACUUCAUUGCUCUUUUCUCCCGUCUGCAGACAGUGUGGGAGGGGCUGGACCUCCAAGAGGAUGAAGGCGUGCUCGACGCAUUCUCUAACUAUGCAAAAGAUGAGAGAGAUGUUCUCGCCGAAAUGGAUCGCACAAGAAAGUCGAUGGAGAAUACAAUCUCCGGUUUGGUAGAGAACAUUCGAGAUAUGGAAAAGGAAAAGCGGACGGGAGUCGGAUUCAUGACUAGCAGUAUCCAGGAGAGCAUGGAUGGUUUGCAGUUGAAUGGGAACGGCACCAAAUUCAUGCCGUGGCAGGCGAGAACAGUGGAUCGACUAGUCAUGAAACUCGAUGGCCUUGUGAUGAAACAGGACGAGGACAGAGAUCAUACCGCGGUCGGCCUUGUUGAUGCUUAUGAUGAAUGA